UUACCAGCCUACAAUGCCAGCUUUCAAUGUGUGUUUGAACCCGAAACGGGCAACAGUAUGAGGUGGCAGCUCCCAAUUUUGCUGCUUGGCUUGGCAUUUGGCACUGCCCACCGGCUGCGUCGUCAGAUAGUUGCACCCACCUGGCUAAGGGAUCCGAUUCGUUUGCCCGCCUUGCAAGCAUCCAAGGUGGUAGUGACGCCGCAAAACCUGCAGGAAACCGCUGCUAUACGCGCAGCAAUACAAAAGGCCGUCGCAGAGGACACUUAUGUAGUCGCUGCUCGUCCUCCGCCGUCUUUAUUCCCUCGCCAGGAGCUUUUGACAUCGCUUGGGAGCGGGAGCAUGAUGCCAAUGCUGUUGCUUGCUCCAGCAACGCUGAACCAAACAUGGAAUCCAACGCUGCCAAUGUUGGGCAUGUUCAACCUCUGGUCCGCCAUGGUCGGCUAAGCGUUUUUGACAGAGUCACAACUCGAAUUUAUAACUCCAUUGAUUACAAAAUUACAAUAUUUAAAGUAAUAUGGACAUAUCUUAAUAUGUAUGUACAUAUAUAUGCAGACGUAUACCUAGAGUUUCCGAACCGCAGACGAGCACUCAUCGAUCGAAAACUUGAGGAAGCCUGAGCAAAUUCGAGCUGCGCCUCUUGAGAACCUGAAAGGAUUAAUGAUUAGUAAUAAUGAUUCGGGUUU